AUGAAAACAAGAUGGAUCCUACAUUUUCCAAUUUGUGUGCUCCUGAGCCAAUCAAUCCGAGUCCAAUCAAAAGUUUCAAUUCCUUUAACAAAUGCCAUCAAUCUCUUCACCGUUUCAAUUGGUAUAGGUGAUCCAUCUACAAUCCAUCAUCUUGUGAUCAAUACUGGUUCACUUGUCACAUGGUGUGGAGCCAUCACACUUUAUAUUCCAUCACCUGUUGGAUUUGAUGGAUAUGAUGGAUUGAUGGGAUUAAAUGCAGUUCCAUGGGAGUCCAAUCCUAACUUGAUCAUUGAAACCCAAACAGUCAUGGUAAAUAUGUGGAAAAGAGGUUUGAUUCAAAAGAAUAUGUUUGCAGUUUCUGGUAAACCUACUAAAUCUAUGAAACCAGAAAAUAAUGGUAUGAUGACUUUUGGUGGGUAUGAACCUUCAUUAAUUAUUGGUGAAAUGUAUUGGUAUGAUUGUUAUUCAGGGAGAUGGCUGUGGACAGAAUUCAAGCCCAAGUGA